AGGAGGAGCAGGCGAGAGGGGAGAGGCGGCGCUACCGCCCUGGUUGCAGCCCUUCGGGGGCGGGCCUGGUUCAGCCGAGUCCCCAAGCGGCCGUCUCCGCCUCGCCUGGAGAGGCUGACAAGUUCCUGCGUUUCGCGCCCAGCCGCGGGAGCCCGGCCAGAGCUCCGGGCUCUGCACCCAGCAGGUCCAUGCAUCGUUAAGUGCCUUUGUGAAGUCGCUUGCAUGAGAGACAACCUUAAUCUUUUUCAAGAGGAUCUCUGUCAGCUAGAUAUCACUCCUACUUCAUAUCUCGUCUGUAGUGGUUUGCCUGCUGCUUUAUGUGAAACUGACUCCAGCAUUUGCAAAGCCUGUGGACAACACUGAGUUGGGCAUGAAACUUGCUGAAUGUAUAGCACUCUCUAUAUAAGCAAUGUUGACACAGAGAACACAAUGCGCUAAAAUGUUAUCGAGGAAUGUCAGUGCAUGAAAACAAAGUUGCUGAACAAAUAGUCAAGGAAGGUCACACUUGUUACAACUAGAAAUGUUCAGCAUGAACAUUUUGCAUCUCGAAGGUUACAAAUCUACAUCCAUAUCAAUGGAUAAUUAACACGUUUUCUGAUAAAUAGUUGCCUAUCCAGCUUUGUGUGUACUGGGCUCUUUAAAGAACUUACUACAUUGUUCCUUUGAGCUCCUGUGUUGGAAGAGUUUUCUUGAGUUGAGUUGUGGAAUUCAUAACCAAAAGCAAUUUUGUUAAUGGUGACUUUUGUGAUACCUAAAUCAGUUUUACAUCAUGGCUUUGAAUGUUGCUCCAGUAAGAGACACAAAAUGGCUAACAUUGGAAGUAUGCAGGCAAUUUCAGAGAGGGACUUGCUCACGUUCUGAUGAGGAAUGUAAAUUUGCACACCCACCCAAAAGCUGCCAGGUUGAAAAUGGAAGAGUUAUUGCUUGCUUCGAUUCUCUAAAGGGCCGUUGCACAAGGGAAAACUGCAAAUAUCUUCAUCCACCAACACAUUUGAAAACCCAGCUAGAAAUUAAUGGUAGGAACAACCUGAUCCAACAGAAGACUGCAGCAGCAAUGCUUGCCCAGCAGAUGCAGUUUAUGUUCCCAGGAACACCCCUUCAGCCAGUGCCCUCAUUUCCUGUAGGGCCAACAAUAGGAUCCAACACAGCACUGAGCUUUGCACCAUAUUUAACACAUGUCACCCCUGGGGUUGGAUUAGUUCCCACUGAAAUUGUCCCCACGCCACCUGUUCUUGUUCCUGGAAGCCCCCCAGUCACAGUCCCUGGAUCAGCCGCGACACAGAAACUCCUCAGGACAGACAAACUGGAGGUUUGCAGGGAGUUCCAGCGAGGAAACUGUGCACGGGGCGAAACUGACUGCCGCUUUGCACAUCCUGCAGACAGCACAAUGAUUGAUACAAAUGACAACACCAUAACUGUUUGUAUGGAUUACAUAAAGGGGCGCUGCAUGAGGGAGAAAUGCAAAUAUUUUCACCCUCCUGCUCACUUGCAGGCCAAAAUCAAAGCUGCUCAGCACCAAGCCAACCAGGCUGCAGUGGCAGCUCAGGCAGCUGCUGCAGCUGCUACAGUGAUGACUCAGUCGACUGCCAAAGCAAUGAAGCGACCUCUCGAGGCAACUGUAGACCUGGCCUUUCCUCCUGGUGUACUUCAUCCUUUACCAAAGAGACAAGCACUUGAGAAAAGCAAUGGUGCCAGUGCUGUUUUUAAUCCCAGUUUCUUGCACUACCAACAGGCUCUUGCUAGUGCACAGUUGCAGCAACACACAGCUUUUAUUCCAACAGAUAAUCCUGAAAUAAUCAGCAGAAAUGGGAUGGAAUGUCAAGAGGCCUCACUGAGAACAGCAAAGCAUUGUUACUGUACAUACUACCCUGUCUCUUCCUCGAUAGAAUUACCACAAACUGCAUGCUGAGUAAAGAGUUUGUUCGUCUGGACAAAUCACAAGUAACUAAAGAGCUAGUGCUGCUAUAUCACAUAUGAAUAUUAAAUAUGGUAUGCUUAGUAUAUUCCAAACUAAUCUAGUUAACUACCUGAUGCCAGCUGUGAUGGUUCAAGACAUAAAAGGCUAAUAUUUUACUUUAAAAAUUUUUAUACAACAGUGUUUACUUCUUAGAAAUAUUGUCUUACCACCAUAAUUAUAGCUAAUGUAAGUAGUCCUAUUCAUAUAUAUAUAUAUUAUUGUAGGGUUCACAACUUUAUGAAUCUUUCAAUGUUAGCAAUAAGUGAUUUACAUUGGCCACUAAUCCCAGGAUCCAAGGAGUCGUGUGAAUCAUUCCAGAUGGGCAAGAUCACUUCAGAUACUAUUUUCAGUCAAACAAGGGCCCCACACACUUUUGCGUGGGGAAUUGCUUUUGAAGUUGUGGAGUGUUUCAGGAGUAUAGCGGGCAAUACAGCAAAGGAGUUCCUGCUCAGAGGGUGGGAGGUUGAGAAUUAAAAAUCGCCCGCAGGAGCUCUUUGGAUCUUGGCCAAUAUGUAUGAAUUGCAUAUGUAACUUUUAACCCUUUUGUACUCUCUUUUUUAAAAAAGCGCCCACUUCUCUACAGGGCAGUUGUUGCCAAGACAAAGGUGGUGAUGAUGUGGAAGCAGAACCCUGUGUUUCCUCACAUCAUCACUGAAAAGUUCCAAAUAGAGGACCCAAGGUAAAGCACAAAUUGCAGAGAUUCACAUGAAGAGAUUUUGGACUUGUAUGGAGAAGCAGUACCAGAAUCAUGACAUUAUAGAACUAAAUUAAACCUUUGCACGGUAUGGCUUUCAUACCCCUAACAAAGUCUUGACUAUGUUAUUUUACAAAGAGAGAGAAUAUUUUUUAAAAGAAGCCUUUGUAGAAGUGCCUAAAUUUUGCCACAUCAGACUUGAAACUAAGUGACAUGGUGGUCUAUAAUUGAAUCUGUAUGAAGCAAUUAAGCUUUCAGAUUUACAAUCAGGUUACCAAAAAAAGAACUUGUUAUGAAAUAACUUCUUCCCAAUUAAAGAAAUGGGGCUAUAGGUGAAAAGAUUAGCACGAGAUUCUCAUAUAAAUCAAACUGAAUCCAGUCAUUGUUAAAAUCAGUAAGUGACUUUAAUUUAGAUGAUAAGGCAAAAUAUUGAACAGGAUAUAGGGAGAGCUUCAUUUUAAUCCAUUUUUAAUUUUGUUGUAUUUUUAAAAUCAGGUUAAAUAAGUUGUAACCGGAUUACAGCACAGAGAAAGAAACUAGUUCCUUUAAUCUUUUUCUUUAAAAAUAUUUUAUGUCGCAGAAAUAUGAAGAUAUCUUUAAUAUGACUAUAUGCAUAUUAUAUAUACACAUACAUAUAUAUGGACAAAACAGAUUUUAAUGUUUACUUUUUAAAAUACUGUGUUAAUUUUCAAGGUAAUUAUAUGCAUUUGAUUAAUGUAGGAAGUUUGUUUUUUAAAAUUUGUUUUCCUACACUGCUGUACCAAAUACAUCACAUUUCACAUUUUAUAUGUUGCACAUAUAUCACAUAUGUACAUUGUUUUUAAAUUAUUGUUUAUAAAACAAAAAAGCAGAUGUUCUAUGGAAAUAUGUAUAAUAUGAACACUGGGAUUUCCCCCCAUUUAAACACUAUAAAUGACUGCAGUAUUUUAACUUAGCCUUUUCAGAUGGAUUCUAAGCUCUUUUAGCUUUGGCAGCACUGCCUAUUCUAAGAGACCAGAAGCACUAAUUAAUUUUUGUUACUGAAACUAUUAAUCUUGUUUUCCAAAUGUCUUGUAUCUGUUUAUAUUCAAAGUGUAGUUUUGGUCAUCAAAAAGAGGGGAAGGACUCCUAAUCUGAUGGUAAACACAGUGUUUGUAAUCUUGCAUUUGUUUUAUUUUGUGAGGAAUAUGUAUCUUCUAUUUUUACUUGUAAAUUUUCUCAGACAUUAUGACUAGAUUGCUAAUCUGGCUGUUUACUGAUAUCAGUAAUUGUUGGGGUUUUUUAAAUGAUAGUUUAUUGGACAAUACUAAAUGGUAACUUAUAUAUGUUGUUUAAAUACUUAAGGUGUAGAAAGAACAUUUUAGUGAACAUACUAUGUUUCAGCAUUUAUUUUAUUAAAAUAGCACCAAUAUUAUUUUGGUUUUAAUGAUCAAUACCUAUGAGUUUCCCUCCUGAAAAGAAACAGAGGGAAAGAGAGAAACUAUUUUAAAAAGCAGUCUAUUGGCAUGUAAAUUGUGUUUCUACAUGUCAAAAAUAUUUAUGUCGGCCAUUAAAUCAUGUGCUGCAGAAUAUUUCUGUUGGUUUCAGUGGGGCUGUUUCUGAAACACAUGGCUUGUAUAUCACAGCUUAAGAGCAUGAGUCACAGAGUUAGAGGCAGGGAAACUAGUUUCAGAAGAGAUGGAGGGUACACUGUUCUCCAGUGGCCCUGGCUGAGCCAUUAAUAGCCUUUUCAAUAUCACAUCAGUCCACUGACCUCUGCCAAAGAUAGGCAACUUUUAUUUUAUCUUGCUUCUGCUUCCCUAUUUGUGUGAACUCUGAUGUUCUAACCUUCAAGCAGUGUGCUUGAGUGUAAUUGCUUGGUUUCUUGAUUUUGAAUUCUAUGGCCUAACCCACAAACCAGAUUCUAUAAUCUGUUUUUACCAGAAUGUAUCUGUCUGUUGAACCAGCAAUGUGAACUUGCAUGCCAGUUCAAAUUUGCACCUGCAGAGGCACAUAUAUCCUGAUUCAUUUUAGCAGGGUUGUUUAGAUUAAAUGUUAAGCAAAUACAGCCUUGCACCUAUUCAUCUCCAGAUAGCUGUGUCUAGGAAAAUCAAGUUAUUACUACUAGUCCUGACUCCUUUUUGGUUCUGCCCUUACUCAGCUGCACUUUGUUUAAUCUCUGUGCCUCUUGCUUUCAAUCUGUACUAAUAUUAAGAAAUGAACUAGGAUAAAUAUAGGAUACUAAGUACAUGUUUUUUAAUUUAUUAUAGAGUAAUUUUGUAGGAUGCAUUGAAUUUGGGAAGAUCUAAAACUAUUUUUCUGUAUAAAUAUUAUUUGCCAAAACUUCAUUUAUAUUUUGGAAAAGAAUGUCUAAUGAUGGUAAAUGGACCUUACAUUGGUUUUAUUUUGAAAUAUCUCCCUUGAUGCAACCAUGAAAUGGGCCAAUAUAGACAGUGAGUACAGAAGCAGAGACAUGAUUUCAAGUUACUUGAGAUGUGUCUGUAUUUCCUGUAAGAGAACUUCACCAAAAUACCUUAAUUUGCCCACAAAAUAUGAUCGGUGGCAACAUUUACACUGCAUAUGUUUGCUAACAAUUACAAAAAAUCCUUCUAUUACUCCAUGUACUGUAACUAUAUAGCAGCCUGUUUAAAUACCCAUUUAUGAGUUUGUUGAGAUAUUAUUUAAUUGCCCUAUGUGCAACCAUGGAAAUAAAAAGAAGCAUUUUA